UCGUAGUCAUUGUCAUCAAAAGAGAUAAUCGCUUCAAAAAUAUUCGCACAAUUUAAAACCAAAGGAAAAGGAUAAAAGAAAUGGAUAAGCCGUUCGUUUUGUGUCACAUAGAAAAAGCGGUGGAUUUUACGAUUUUCGAUACGAAAUGGCUUCCGUGUUCGGCGAAGUGUGUAGUGUUGGGCAAUAAACCGAAUGGAAAGGGUGUUUUGAGGAUAUUUGAAAUGAAUACCGGCCAAUUGGAUGUGGUGAAAGAGUACGAGUACAAAGCAACGCUGAAGUGUGGCUCAUUUGGGGCUAGCUCGCUGAGACGAAGUCACAUGGCAGUGGUUAGUUUUGAUGGUCAAUUGCAAAUUUUGGAUCUGGAGCGACUUGAUACGGAUGCCAUUUUCAGUGUACAAGCUCACAAAGGAAUGGCCAAUUGCAUGGAUGCUAUCGGCGGUGGAUAUAUGAAAAAAUGCGGUGCACCAGAAAUUGCAACCGGCGGUGCCGAUGGCAUCGUUAAAGUAUGGGAUUUACGACAGAAAGACUCACCUGUGGCAUGCAUGGAACCAACUGCAUCGAAUGCGGGCGAUACGAAUCGUGAGUGUUGGACAGUAGCCUUUGGAGACUCACACAAUAAUGAGGAACGCUCAUUAGUGGCCGGAUACGAUAAUGGCGAUGUGAAAAUGUUCGAUUUGCGACAAAUGAAGGUACGCUGGGAGACAAAUACGCGGAAUGGCGUUUGCAGUGCGGAAUUCGAUCGCCGUGAUAUCCAGAUGAAUAAAUUAGUGGUGACAACGCUCGAAGGUGGUUUGUACGUGUAUGAUUUGCGGACACAACAUCAAACAAAGGGUUUUGCUUGUGUAAGCGAAAAAGAUGCGGGCCGAUCGUUAGGUUCGAAUGGUGUAAUCAGCGGUGGCAAAGCAACAGUGUGGUGUGCACGACAUUUGCCACAAAAUCGUGAGAUUUUCGUGACGUGUGGUGGAACGGGAGCGCUUCGUCUGUGGCAAUACAAAUAUCCGGAGAAGCGUGUCAAAGAGGCGGCCGAUGGUUGUAAUCAAGGUGUUGCUGGCAAAUUGCAAAUGUUACAAGCCACAUCUGUAUCAAGUCAACCGAUAAAUUCGUUUGAUUGGAAUCCGGAUCGAAUUGGACUUGCUGUUUGCGGCUCAUUUGAUCAGGCGGUACGCAUUCUACUCACAACCAAUCUCAACUUGUACUAGAGUCAACAAAGACAUUAAUCUUACGCAGCAACGACAGCACAAAACCUUAGUAGACUUUUGAUGAUGAAUUUAGUCAUUUGUAAUGUCAUGUUUAUUCGUAAUUUUAUCCUCAAAUAAAUUUUUAAUGAUGCGAAAUG